UUCAAGGUUCCUUCCAAAACCAUUAACGAAGCCGCCGGCUCUCUCUCCUCACGAUCGCGGUCGGAAUUGAUCUCCGCUUCGCCGCGCCCCGCUCCUCCGCCGUUCCACCGACGUUCUACCGGCAGGCCAAGCCUGCUCCAAGAGGGGGAUCGAGGGUUAGGGUUUUGGCCGAUCGGAGUGGCGGCGACGGGAGACAGCGUCUCCCUUUGGUAUGGCCCAUCAGAGCAAAUUCGUUUCCGUUAAUCUCAAUAAAUCCUACGGCCAACCCAUCUCUUCCUCAUCUGUACAUGGCCGCCUUCGCUCUGGCUCCGCCGGCGGUGGUGGGAGUGGAGGUAUGGUCGUCCUAUCCAGAGCUCGGAGUUCGGUUUCAUCCUCGGCGAAGGCCGCUCAGAAGCUUGCCAUUCCGCCCCCCUUGAAUCUGCCGUCUCUGAGAAAGGAACACGAACGCUUCGAUCCUGCUUCCGCUGGUUCCGGUGCUGGGAAUGGAAGCCUAGGGCUUGGAUCGCGUACUGGUUCUUCGAUUUUAGGCUGGAGCAAACCAGAGAUUCCGCCAGCAUCGUCUUCUGUCCCUGAGAAAGACGGCAGCAUCAGAGGGCAGGAUCACUUGGGAAGAUCAGCCAUCGCAGGCAAUGAGCUUGGAGGUAACCCUUACAUGCCACCAGGUGCUCGUCCAGGUGGCCAGCUGCCGAAUGUUGCAUCUGCUCAAGGGUUUCUGGAGAAAGCUGUGAUCUUGAAGGGCGAAGACUUCCCUUCAUUGAGAGCCACAUUCAGCUCAGCUCCGAAGCAGAGAGAGGCAUUGAAGCAGAAGCAGAAGCAGAAGCAAAGGCAGGGAAUUGAGGAGCAGUCUAAUGGCCGAGAGGUGCCUGUCCUACAUGCACCUCUCCAGAUGAGGCCUCAGAUCAGAUCGUCCCGUCUUAUAACAGAUAACGUGUCAGAUGUAGAUGGGGGGUCAAUCCAGCCACUUGGUUCUCCAGACAACUUGCAGAAACAGAAUGGACACAUGCCUGCUCUAUUGCCACAGGUUUUGCUGCAUCACACAUCAGAUUGGACAGAUGAUGAGCGUGAUACAGGCCUUUGCAUUCCUGAACGAGAGAGGGAUCGUGGGUUUUCAAGGUCUGAAUCUGUUCAGAUUCAUGAUGCAUACAAUGAUCGAUUGCUGCAGGAUACAGGAGCUAGCAGUCCUUGGUCCAGGGAUUUCUUGAAAAGCAGCUCCUUGGGGAGGGAUUUACAUAAUGCAACUAAUGAAACUCAUGAAUUUGGCUCUUCAAGGUUUUCAACGAAUCCAAGGGAUAGACCAAAUGUGAAUGCAUUUGGAGCAAACAAAGAUAGACAUAAUGUUAGACCCUCAAGUGGAAGCAGGGAAAUUAAUGUGGAUGGCAUCAAUGCUCAUUCAUUUUAUGGAGAAAAUUUUGGUGAUGGUUUUGGUAAGCGAAGCCAAGAUUAUAGAUACCAAAGGAAAGAAUUGGGUUCCCAUGAGAGUUUAAGAAUUGAUAAUAAAAUGGCAUUCAGUGGUAAUAGUGCCGCAAAGAAUGUCCAUAACCACCACAAUGGUUAUCCUAGUAGUUGGUCAAAAGGAACUUCCUUUCAGAAUAACACAUUGUUGAAGGGCCAAUCUUUGAUCAAUAAUAAAGCUACUUCCUUGAGCAAUCCAAUACUGAACUCUGGUAGAGAAAAACCGUCUUCAUCAAGUGGUGUAAAGCCAUUCCUUGAAGAUGCUGAAUUUGACAGCAAGGAUUCUUUUUCAGGGAGUAUGAGAGACAUGAAUGCUAAAGUGUUAAAGAAGAAGGUUCUAGAGAGACAAAUUGAUUUACAUGACCCUGUUCGAGAGUCAUUUGAAGCAGAGGUUGAGAAAAUUUUGAGGUUGCGAGAAGAGGAACAUCAGCAUGUUCUUGAAGAGCAAGCUAGAGCCUUGGAACUUGCACGAAAAGAAGAGGAAGAGAAGGAGAGGUUGGCCAAAGAAGAGGAGGAAAGAAGAAGGUUGCUUGAAGAAGAGGCAAGAGAGCUUGCUUUGCGAGAAGAGCAGGAGAAAUUGGAGAUUGCUAGGCGAGUUGAAGAGCAAAGGAUAGCAAGAGAAGAGGAGAAGAGGAGAUAUCAAAUGGAGGAAGAAAGAAGGAAAGAGGCUGCACGAAAGAAGCUUUUGGAGUUGGAAGCCAGAAUCUCUAGACGACAGGCUGAAAAUAAAGAAAAAGAUAAUAGAGUUCCUACAUUUUCUAAUGAACAAAUACCUGAUGUUGUUAGGGAAAGAGACAUUACAGUAGUUGCAGAAGAUGGAGGCUGGGAGGAUGGUGAAAGGAUGGUAGAACGGAUCACUGACUCUGGAUUUUCUGAUUCUUCAUCUGUCGAUAGAUUUCUAGAAGUGGGUUCUAGGUCUCAAUUUCCCAGGGACAGUUUUCCUUCUGUUGUUGACAGAGGAAAAUAUUCCUAUGUUGAUUCAGUUAUUCCUUCCCUAGAUGAAGAGAAUGCUUACCAAAAUCAAAGGCAGGAUGUUUUUGGUUACAAGAGGAGAGAGUUCCAUUGUGGUACUGAACCAAUACCUGGUAGACCAUCCUCUAAAGAAGUUAUGAUGGAAUCUUCCCAAAUGCCAGAUGAAUACCGCGAACAGAGGAAACCAAGAUGGAGCUCUAACAAAAGGCUUGAUUAUUUCAAGAGGAAUAAUGAUGCUGAUGCUGAGUUUAAUGAUGAUCUCAAGUUUGGAGAUGUUAGAAUGGUGCAAGGCAAUUCACAUGGGAGUUACCAUGCCCAAUAUAAUGAACUAUCAUCUGAUUACUCGGUUGACAAUUUUUCAUCCUUCACAAGGUCCUGCCAAUUACCAAGGCAACCACAUGUGCCUCCGCCUCCCUAUGUAGCCCCUUUGCAUAGAAAUUCUUUUAGAGACACUAAAGAAAGAGCUAGUCCAUCAUGUUUCAUAGACAACGAUAACCAUUAUAGUCAUGCAAGUAGAUAUGAUCAUCAGGUUAUGCUGAAAGGUAAUGACAAUUUGUUUCAUGAAAGUCUUCAACAAACCCCGAAAGCUGCUUCUUUUGAGGGGAAUUCUAUCAAUUCAGAGCAAGAAUCAGAGAAAAUGAGCGCAAGAUGUGGUUCACAGCUCUCCUUGUCUGUUUCGAGCCCACCAAGUUCGCCUGCACUUCUUUCACACCAUGAGAUGGAUGUUUCUAGGGAUUCUCCCCCACUGCCAGCUUCUGCUGAUGGUGACCAUACUAUCGUGUCUGACAGUGAGCAUAUUGUAUUCCCACUGGAAGGUGGUUCUAUGGAUAGAAUGGCGACUUCAAGUUCAGUUUCUCCUGAAGUUGAUGAUGAAUGGCCUGUUGCGGUCAAUGAAGAGACACUGGAAAAUGAGUGCCAUGAAUUCCGAGACAUAGCUGAAAUGCUUGAAGGUGACAAUACUAAUCUUCAUCAGGUUCAGGAUAUGGAAGAUUUACAAUCUGGUACACAAACUUGCAAUAUGGAACAAGUGAUUCUUGGAUUUAAUGAAGGUGUUGAAAUUAAACUUCCAAAUAUAGAUAGCAUUGAGAUAUCUUCUAGCAACAGUGAAAAGGAAUUUAAAUUACAUGCUGUCCCAGUAGGUUGCUUGGAAGAAUUGAUUACUAAUGGUGAAAUAUCUGCAAGAAAAGGCACUGCUGAUAGUUAUUCAACAAAUAUAAGUGAAAUGGAACAGGCUCUGCACAUUUUAUCUCUUGAUCCUGCAGGAGCAUCUGACUAUUCUGCAAGCAGUUUUGAGGCAUCUGAAAGCUCAAGACUGCUUGAUCAACCUAUGAUUCCUGCCACAAGCUUGUCUAUGGCAUCUUCAACAACAGAUCCACCAAGUUUAUCCUUCCCUUCUAUUGUUAGUCAGGUUCAAGCUCCUGUUAAUCUUCAGUUUGGUCUAUUUUCUGGUCCUUCUUUGAUUCCUUCUCCUAUACAAGCCAUUCAGAUUGGUUCUAUUCAAAUGCUAAUUCAUUCUUAUACACAUACAAGUCCAUCUCUGCCACAGGUUAGUUCACAUUGUCCUUUGUUCCAGUUUGGUCAGUUAAGGUAUGCUGCCCCAAUUCUCUCCGAGAGUACAUUGCCACUAGUCCCUCAUGGCACAUCGAUCAGUCACCCUCCUGUUCCAGCUCCCUAUUCAUUUAAUCAAAAUCCUGCAGGUUGUUUGUCUAACCAAGCAGCUCAAAACAUUUCUCAGAUGACAAAACCACAGGAUGAAAAACCUUCUGGUUCUUCUGCUAAUCAAAUUUCUCUUGUGCAAAAAAUAGUUGAACCAUCUGCAGGGAAUUUGCUAGCUGAGCAGAUUAAACCAUUCGUUGAGACACGAAAGAAUGCUUCUGUAGCUUCUCAGAAGUGGACAAAUAGAUCAACUUUGGGUGACAAGAAAGUUACAAAUGAGUCAGUCUGUCAUGCUGAAAGUCAUGUUUAUGAUAAUACCAAUGAGAAGAGAAGCUAUAGGUUCAAUGGAAGGCGAAAAGUGUCUCAACCUCAGCAACAUGGUGAAUUUCAUUCGUCAAGGCACAUUCCUGGACUAAAAGCUCCUCCAGGUACUUUAGCUGGGGGCCAAAGGAAGAGAUAUGCUCACAGUGUUAGAACUUCUGCUCGAGCGCCAUCAUAUCCUAAUAUGGAUGAACUGCAGGGAGAUUUAAGUGGUUUUCCCCGUAGAUCAAAGAGACAUAUUCACAGAACUGAGUUCAGAGUCAGAGAUAAUAUUCAGGGGAAGAAAACACAAAGCACAGAAUCAUUGAAUAAUAUGGGGCUAGAUGAGAAUUCAGUGGCUACUGGAAUUACUAUACGGAACUUAGGUAAGAAAGAUGAAGCUUUGACAAAAUCAACCAGGCUUACCUACCAAUCAAAUGACUCUAGUUCAGGUGCUUCUACUUCUCGAUCUAUGAGUUCUGACAGGAAUGUUGACAAAGUUGCAAGUAAUGAAUCUAUUUCAAAGAGCACCAACUUUGGCAAAUCUCAUACUGGUAAAGGCAACACAAAUGCAAGUGACAUUCUUGUGGAUUACAGUGAGGUUCCUUUAUUGAAUGGAGUCAUUCGUGUUUUUAAGCAAACAGGAAUUGAAGUUCCUAGUAAUGAGGAUGACUUUAUUGAGGUAAGGUCCAAAAGGCAAAUGUUGAAUGAUCGACGUGAACAAAGGGCUAAAGAAAACAAGUCCAAGGCUAGGGUGCAAAAGGCACCUGUUAAAGAAUCUACUGCUUUACAAAGUACUGCCUUUAAAACUAACUCCAAUAAAUCAGUUGCAUAUUCUCUGGGAGACACAGCUAAUAGUGUUUGUUCUAAUACACUAACUGCUGGGGUAAAGGGAUCUACUAAACUUGAGGCAUCAUUCACAUUUACUGCCAACUUCUCACCUCAGGCUCUGCCUCCAAUUGGCAUUCCUUCAGUAAAUAUCGGUUCUGAAAAAAGAUUGAACAAAUUGAAAUCAAGUCUGGCGAUACCUAAACCUGCUGUAUCUGAUAGUGAGGCAAUGCCUAUGUUUGGGCCAUCAGAAAACAAAAAUGUAAAUCAUGGUUAUUCUGCAUUGUCUUUGAGUUCAUGGGACAAUGAAAAUCUGAUAUCUUUCAAAUCUGUCGAUCACGAUCUAAAUAAGCUUUAUUUGGAAAGCCAAGUUUUGCAGUGUUGGUUUGAAUAAAAGGAAAGCAAAAUAAGAAAAGAAAAAAAAGAAUUAGUUGUACAUGGUCAUGUGCUUGCUAAAUGCACAAAGGUUGUUCGAAAAAUGUCUCUUGCCCUGGAUUAUGUUGAUUUCAUCCAAUUGCUUAAAAUUCAUAUUUGUUAUUAUCAGGAAUUGAUAGAUGUGGUUAUUGGAUAUGUAUUUUUCUCCCCUUGCAUUGUGCAUAAUGACUGCUGAAAUGUAACAACUUACAAGAGUAUUCAAGUGUUGAGUAUUUUGGAUGGAGAAAAGCAUUUUAAAUAACAAACUACAUAUGGAGUAAAGGAUAUACUAAGCACGAGCUAACCUUGAGCUACCUCUAUUUUGUGAAAUAUUCAGUCUCUUUCAUUCUGCUGCAUUGUAAAAUGCUUGGAAGGUCUGAGGAUGCAGUGGGUUAAGCUUACCUGAAAUCUGUUUAAGCUUUGUGGAUGUAAAAAGGUUGGGGUUGUGGGAAAGGGGAAGAGAAGAAUAUGGCUCUUGCACUACAAGUUCAUCAAACUCAUCCGGAGUAAAAUAUGUGGCCUCAGUCCAUUGUUAUGUGGAUAGAGAGUUUUUUAUAAAUAUUCCAUAGUUCUCUGUAGGAGAAAGUAAAAUAUCAAAACCAAACAAAUUCUUGAAUUGAGAUUCUGUCUAGUUAGAAAUUUUGUUUUUCUGUGCCGUCAAUUUUGUUUCUUGUCUAAUCAAACCUUUAAAUUUUAAAUCAAUCUAAUUUUCACUUGUUCCCAUUUUGUGGGCCUUAUUAUUCUUCGUGUUAGGCAAGAUUCACAAUUGAUGUAUAAUGAUAUGAAGUUCCUGUAAACUGCAAGUCAUUUGGCCAUAUUUGUAAACAGUUGUCAGUCUAAUAAAUAAUAAUGUUUUUAUAAUCCUUGUCCAUCACUAAUCAAAAGGGAUUUGGUUAAUUUUCUUCUUAUGAGGCUUUUGAAUAUCAGCACACUGAUAAUUACCCUGAAUAUUACCUAUUUGUUGCUGAUAAUUGUGGUUUAGUUCAAUUUUUCACGUGUUGGCUUGACAAGAUCCAAUAAAGUAAAAUUUAACGAGAAGAUUUUGGCACUUAUAUUACCAAGUCCUUAAUCAGCUGUCAGGUCCUUUUUUAUUUUCCACUUUUGUUGAUUAAUUUGAAAAGAAUUCGAUAAAAGGUAUGAAUAUCUGUUGGGAUUACUUUUGCCUUGUUCUCAUCUCUUUUUUUUUUUUGGUCUCCAUGUUUAGGACUCAACUCUUAACGCCCUAUUAUCUCUUUUUUCUUGUUUUGACCUAGAUCUCCUAUUAUCCAGAGAGCAACAAGAAUUGUUUGGGUCUUGAUGCAUCUGUCAUGCCACUGCUAUUUUUUUUCUUAAUGUGUAUAAGCAGCACAUUUAAUAAAAGUGAAAUAUAGGAUACGUGUUAUCUAGUCUGUUUUGAGCACAUUGUUGACCCUCUUGUAUCUACUGACUUUCCUGCAGGCCAAUUUUAAAUGGUUGCACGCUGUAAAUGAUCAGCAUAAGUAUCAAAAUUUUUAUAUACCUUACAGUCCUGUACAGAAUGAUGAUAAGUAUCAUCAUUAUAAAAGGCAUAAAAUGUGAAAAGCUCAAAAAUUUUUAUAUACCUUACAAUCCUGUACAAAAUGAUGAUAAGUAUCACUAUAAAGCAUAAAAUGUGAAAAGCUCAAAAUUUUUUAUGUGCCUUACAAUGAUAAUAAGUAUCAUAAAUUUGAUGGGAAAAAGUAUAUUUUAAUUUUUUGCCAAGAUCCCAUUGCACUAGUAGACUCUAUGUAAUGGUUUUGUUAAUAAUUUGUUUCCAAUAAUUAUUAGCCUAGACGCUUUCUUUUAAUCAACUUUUGUUUUCCUCUUAGUGUUUUAUAUGAAGAAUUAAAAAAAAAAGAGGUGUUAGUGUAAUAUAUAUUUAACUAAUUAAGGAUAUAUAUGAGAAUGUAAAGAUCAGAGUGAAGAGGCGGAUUAACUAAAACAUUUCUAAUAAAGAUAGGGUUACAUUAAAAAUCGGUUGUAAGCCCCUAUCUUUUUACACUAAUCAAACACGAACUUACUCAA